AUGGCCGCCGAAGAUCAAGUAGCGAAGCUGCAAGAGCAGGUCAACGACCUCACCAAGCGGCUGAACAAGGUUCAAGACGAAGCCGAAGUCCGCAAGCUCCACCACAAAUACGGCUACUACCUCGACAAGUGCCUCUACAAGCAAGUCGUCGACCUCUUCGCCGACCACCCAGACACCAUCGUCGAGUUCCUCGGCGGCCGCUACCGCGGCAAAGCCGGCGUGCGGCGCCUGUACACGGGGCGCUUCCAGACCAACUUCGUCGCCGGGCGCAACGGGCCCGUGCACGGCUUCCUGCUCGACCACGCCAUGAUGCAGGACAUCAUCGACGUGUCGCCGUCGGGCGACCACGCGUGGGGCCGGUGGCGCGCGCUGAUGAGCGCGGGCGUGCACAAGUCCGUGGCGGACGCGCAUCCGCGGGGGUACAACGCGGCGGGGCAGCCGCGGCAGUGGUGGGAGGGCGGCGUGUACGAGAAUGAGUAUAUUAAGGAGGAUGGCGUGUGGAAGAUUUGGAAGUAUAGGUACUUUGCGUUUUGGCACGGCGAGCAUCAGGAUGGCUGGGCGCUGACGAAGCCGAAUUACGUGCCGUUUGCGGAGAAGACGGUUGAGGAGGAUCCGCUGGGCCCGGAUGAGUUGGUUGAGCAGAAGUUGUUGUGGCCAGAUACGAGGUGUAUUCCGUUUCAUUAUCCGCAUCCGGUGACGGGGGUGCAGGUUGAGGAGGAUGAUUUGAGGGCGCCUGAGUUUGGGAAGGAUUGCAAACGAGAAGUGUUGCGCCGCAUACUCCAUCUCCAUGUACUCCACAGUGCGGAGCUCGAUGGUAAAGGCAAACCACUAUACGCCAGUCCUCCACCCUUCAGCCUCGGGUUCAUCCAACCGAGCAAGCCCGCCUUGAAACAAAGAUAUAACCGCCAACACCAACUGAACCUACCUGCCAACCCCCCACCCAUAAUCGACCCCCAACAACCCAACAUGCGCGGCACCAUCGCAAUCGAAGAAGCCGUCAUCCCACCCUCCCAACACCACACCCUCGCCCAAUGGCAGCCCAUCCUCGCCCCAGGCUCCGACGUGGCCGCCGGCGUGGCCGCCCACGGCGCGCGCCUGUCCGACAUCCACGACAAGCGCUUGCAGACUAUGGACGCCGAGGGCGUCGAGUACAUGCUGCUCAGCCUGACCAGCCCGGGCGCGCAGGGCGAGCACGUGCAGGAGCAGGCGGAGAAGGUGGCGCGGGAGGCGAACGAUUGGCUUGCGGCUGAGGUGGAGAAGAAUCCGAAGCGCUUUGGAGCCCUGGCGGCUGUCUCGAUGCACGAUCCUGCGCAGGCGGCGGGGGAGCUGAGGAGGUGCGUGAAGGAGCUGGGGAUGUUUGGGGGGUUGGUGAAUGAUUGGCAGUCGAUUGGUGAGGAUGGGGCGGGGAGGAAGUACUACGAUACCGAGGAAUAUGACGUCUUUUGGGGGACGGUGCAGGAGUUGGAUGUUCCGAUUUACUUCCAUCCGAGGUACCCGCCGCUGGAGGAGUUGAAGACCGGCCAAGGUGUCAGCGGAGCGUACAAGGGGAGAAGUCAGAUGCUCGGUGCUGGGUGUAGCUUUCAUCUGGACUUGAGUUGGCAUAUUUAUGCUGUUUGUUCGAGCGGCAUCUUCGACAGAUUUCCCAAGAUCCAGAUCAUCGCCGGCCACUUGGGCGAAAACAUCCCGUUCAAUCUGUGGCGUGCGGACCACUGGCUUAACAAACCGCAAAAGCGAAAGACACGACCAUCAAAAGAGGACUACACGUACUACUUCAAGCACAAUGUGCACAUCACGACCUCUGGAAACUUCAACACCGCCGGUCUCAAGUUUUGCAUCCGUGAAAUUGGCCUGGAGAGGUGUCUUUACGCUAUCGAUACACCCUACGAUACCAUUGAAGAAGGACAAGCCUGGUGGAAGACGAUUGAUCUGGAGGAUAGUGAGAAGGAGGCAGUUGGAAGGAGAAAUGCUAUCAAGCUUUUCAAGCUGCCACUGGAAGAGUAA